CGUGAGCCAAUAACGACAUUCACCGAACAACAUCGCGCGAGUGCGGGGAGGGGUCGCAAUCGCGAAUCCGCGACCCCAUCAUCUUGAUCACGAUCCGAGUCGCACGUCACGCACGCACGCACGCACGCACGCACGCACGAUUCCUUAUCGCUUGCGCGCGCACUCGCACACGCUCGCACUCGCUGCGUCACGGUAUAUAGCUUGCUGACUCGUCACAUCCUCCCCCCCCCUCCUUGCGUCACUUUGUUUUGCUACGCAACAGCUUGCCUUUCUCCGACUCUUGACCUGACACACACGCGCGCGCAAGCACGCGAGCACGCCCGGCACGCGAGCACGCACACCCGCGCCUCGCCACCCAUGUCUGUGCCCAGCUCUACCCUGCUAGCACAUCCCCAUCCCCAUCAUCCCGCACCGGAUCGCGCGCGACGCAGCCACUUUGACGACGACGACGACCAAGAAGUCACCGCAGCUUCCAUCCCACGAAGCUCCAUGUCGUCAUACCCUCUGCCAUGGAGCAACUUUGCGCCCAUCGGCGGGUCCGCAGUCGGCAACAACAACAACAACAACAACAACAACAACAGCAGCGCCGGAGGCGUGGAGGGUCUGGCCAUCUCCAUGACCGGCGGUCAACCUCAACCUGACAGUCGCCAAGUUCUGGCACAACUCGCCGGCAACGUCGGCGAAGCUCGACUCGUCGCCAACACCCCGCCGCAAGCAUCCUCCUCUUCGUCGUCGUCGGCGCUUUCACAGCCGUGGUUCGGCGGGGGAUCAGCGGCAGCAGCAGCAGGCAUCGAGCGAACACCCCAUGCUGGCUUUGCAGCCGGUCCAUACUGGAAUUCCUACGUCUUGCCUUCGACAGAGCCUGCGCAUCGUAGCACCUUUCGCGGUGCUGCCGACUCCUCACCCAGUCCCGCGCAGGUGACCGUGGCCAGCGGACUCGUCGGUGGUCAACCUCGUCACUACGGUGGCCUCAGCGCCAGCGAGCCUCGUCACUACGGUGGCCUCAGCGCCAGCGAGCCUCGUCACUAUGGUGGCGCCAACUACAGCAACAAGACUAGCAACGCCAAUCGCAACGCCAACGCCAUCCUUCGAUCCUCGUCGCCUUUGCUCGCGCUACCGCAUGCGCACGCGCACGCGCACGCGCACGCGGUUCAUGACAGUCCCACGCGCCCACAGGAUCUCUUUACCGACUCUCUCCAUCGAGCCAAUCGCAACAAUUACAUCACUGGAGUCUACAACUACAGACACGGCCACGUCGGCAGCAGCAGCGGCCACGUCGGCAGCAGCAGCGGCCACGUCGGCAGCAGCGAAGCGAGCAUCGCGCAGCAGCAGUACAGCGGCGGACCUCUACGUGCAAGGCGAAGCACGGAAAAGAGCGCACACGAUGCUGCUCUCUCGCCGUACCAGCGCCGCAACGUCCAGCACGCCCACGCCCACGAGUACGCAACGCCCGCUCGGCUCACACCCAAGGAGAAGCGAAAGCUGGAUGAGCGUGCUCGCGUGCUGGCUGCCGACGCUUGCAACUACGAAGGAUUCAAACCCAUGCGCGAAUUCUUUUCCUACGGCAGCGAUGACGAGAUGUGGGAAAAGGUGGCAAAGAAGAGUCACUAUGCCGAUCACGUCUUUGUGUACUACAAUAAGCGCACGCGACACUAUUGUCGCCCUUCGUGCUCUGCCGACAAAAAGGUCGCUCGCGAAGACAUCGAAUAUCACUUUAAGCCCGACGGCGUCGCGAGACUCGCUGCGAACAAGGAUAUCAAGGCUUGCAAGCGUUGCCAUGCGGAUCAAGAUGGAGUGGUGAAUACGACUGCCAUUCGGAUUGGCGAAAUCGCUCGCAAGCUCGUGUGCAGCUCGCGCGAAGAAGAAGAGUCAUCGUUGGACGCUGCCGUGGCCGCCGCGAGCGCACCUCCGCGCGCAAGCUUAAAGGAUAGCGCCGACAGCUGCAACAUUUCUCACUUUCACUUUCACCGCCAACUCAAAAUCGUUUGCGGCAUCACGCACGGCGAGCUGGUCAAGGGUGUGCAGGCGAUGCAGUUGCAGGAUGAACUGGGCAAAGACUCGACCGAGGAUGGUAGUCAAGUCGCUCCGAUGGUCAUUGAUCGAAUCCUGCGCGGCUGGAGCUUGCGUCGUGCGCGUCGAGCUCUCGGCGGCUUGACGCCUCAGCAAUUCGCUGCUGCUGGUCACCAGUACGACGUCGUUCUAGCCGUCACCGAGACGCCUUAUGGCAUCAUCAGCGCCCUCAUCGCCGAAAACCCACUGGAGACGAGGGGCAUGGAGGCGGAGCAAUUCAGCGGCGGCGCCAUCCUCGGCCUGGCCAUCGGUCCAAACUCUGAGCAACGCAUGCGGACGCGAUUCCCGUCUGCCAAACGUGCCAACGACGGUGCUUGGGAGAUGGAGAUUCGCGAAAUGGUGCAGUCGCACAUCGAUGGGUGCGAUAGGGAAGACGACUUGCCGCGGGAUGUUGCGCCUUUUGUUCGACGCGUGCGCGUGUACUAUGGCAUUCGUUGCGCCCUCGAGCGCCGCGACCCGAGUCGACUCAGCUUUCAGACGAGGGCGACGGGGACGAAAAGUCCGACAAAGGGCGGCGAUGCGACCGACGCGAGUGCAAAGUGGAGCGCCGCGAGCGCUGCGAGCGCCGUGAGCGCCGCGAGCUUCGAUUCGGGUGCAAAGUGGAGCAGGAAUGCGAGGUACGAUCACCACGAUCACCAGCAGGUGACGUCCGCAACCGCACCCGCAACCGCGGCGCCCACAUCCGCGCCCGCGCCCACCUUACCCUCCUUGCCACAGACGAGCGCGCUGCCAUCCGCCGUGCAAGACAGGCAAGCGUACAGCUCCAGAUUUGGGCUAGACGUUUUUCCCAGCUCGACAUUAUUCUCUCCCAGCGUUUCCUCUCCCUGGCUGGGGCACCUGCAUCACAAUACCAGCAUUCACGACGAUUCUUUGCCGCCGCCGCCGCUGCGGCCCAUCUCUUCAUCAUUCAAUGCAAGCGAGCCCAGCCUCUCUUCUACGUUUCGCUUUUGAGGGGGAGCGCGCCGCGCGUAUACCCAACCAUUCACGCUCGCAAACAUACACGAACCGAACCCCCACGAGG